AUGGAAGGUGAAAAGAUUGAAGGAAUGAGUGUGGAAGAGGAUAAAUUUGGAGGAGUUAUACUAACCGUUCAAAACCCUAUGGAUUCUGAUUCAUUUGCUUCUAAAUUGGAACAUUCAAUGUCUCUAUGGACUCAACAGGGAAAAAAGGGAAUAUGGAUCAAUUUGCCCUUACAGCAUUCUAAUCUCGUUCAUUCUGCUGUCAAGGCUGGAUUUAGGUACCAUCAUGCUGAGUCAGAUUACUUGAUGCUUGUAUAUUGGAUCCCUCAUACCCCUGAUAGCAUUCCUGCAAAUGCUUCACACCGUCUCGGCGUUGGUGCUUUUGUUGUCAAUAACAAAAGAGAGGUGCUUGUGGUUCAGGAAACCAGUGGUAGAUUUGGAGGCACAGGUGUAUGGAAGAUGCCUACUGGAGCUGUGAAUGAAGGCGAGGAUAUUUGUGAUGCUGUAAUUAGAGAAGUGAAGGAAGAGACAGGGGUAGAGACAGAGUUUGUUGAAGUUUUAGCUUUCAGGCAAAGCCAUAAAUCUUUUUUUCAGAAAUCAGACUUGUUCUUUGUUUGCAUGUUGCAACCUCAAUCCUUUGACAUUCAAAGUCAGGCCUCAGAAAUUGAAGCAACUAAGUGGAUGCCUGUUGAAGAUUAUGCAGCCCAACCUUUUGUGCAAGAAAACGAGCUCUUUGAUUUUAUUGCGAAAAUAUGCUUAUCGAAGUUGAAUGACAACUACACUGGUUUUUCUAACGUACCUACUACUACAUCUUCUGGCAAAAAAACUUAUCUGUAUUUAAACAAUGAUGCUAUUGGUAGCCACUUGUUAGCUUCCAAAGAGCAAGCUUAG